CAACACAUUUCUCAUCUUCAACCACCAAACAAGCAAUUUAGUUUAAUGUCUUCUUGAAUUUGAUUUCUUUCACAACUACCUGAUAUAAAGAAAAUAAAAAUCUCUAAUUUCACUUACUUGAUUUGUUCAACAAUGGCCAUCCGCCAAAUGCUGAGACGGUCUUUAUCCGGCGAGAGAAGGUCAGCUGAAGUAGUUCCAAAGGGGCAUCUUGCUGUUUAUGUUGGUGAUAAUGAAAAGAAGCGCUUUAUUAUUCCAGUAGCGUACUUGAACCAUCCCUCGUUUCAAGAGUUGUUGUUUCAAGCUGAGGAAGAGUUCGGUUUCAAUCAUCCGAUGGGAGGCCUCACCAUUCCUUGCAGUCAAGAAUUAUUUGUAGAUUUCCUCUCUGGCUUUAUAUAGCACAAGAUGAUUAAUUUGUAGCAAUUGUUUUAGGAGGAAUAGAAUUUCGUAGAUUAGAAAAUGUAUGUAUCCAUUGGAAAUA